CCCCAUGUCCGUUGGUAGCGCCUCGAGAGGCCGUGAAUCCAUGCUAAUAUUAGUACACUGACCAACUUAGUUGCCUGGUUUUCCUAAACAGACACUGGGAUUCACCAUGUAGCUAUGUUUACUGACAUAUGGUACACUUGUGCAGAACAUUAGUUGUCAUAGUCAAUGCAGAAUCAAAGCAUUCUUUGUAUCAUCCAACUCCUGCACCCUUCUGAAGUCUGUGUUAUGAUCUGGCAAAAUAUCUUAGACGAGCUGAAAAAAGCUGCUCUGACAGUCAGCAAUCAAGGACCAGCAUCUGAGAGUAUCCUCGGAGUUAAGCACCUGACACUCCAGCAUUCUGCGGACCACUGGGAGGAGCUUCAUGCUCCCGUUCAUGCCAUCUUUGGUUGGGGACAAAAAGGAGGCCUACUAUCUUUGAAAUCGAGUCAGGCAGAUUUUCUCCUUAUACACAACUUUCUGCAUACCUUUGCCCAUGUCGAGCAAGAUGUCGGAGAAGGAUCCUGUCUGUCUGCAAUGGUUCCUCGAAUGGAAACAGCACUUGAGCUCUGUCAAAAGGCUCCUCGGUCACCUGCACAUGAGUCGUUGACGUGUGCUACGAGCCAUGGAAACCAGUUGGUAUUGCACCCCUCUCAUACCACCAGCACAGCAUCAUCCACGAAGUAUGUGGAUAACCAGACAAAGGAGUGUAUCAGGACACCUAUGGACACUUGCCAGUAUCAAGGAGCUUGUCUACAAUCUCGGAACAUCCGCACUCAGCAUCUCAGAGGGCCGGUAUCACGCUAUGAAACCAUGGGCCUUUGAACGGUGGGAAGCAGCUGGGAUGAUGGCAGUGCGCGAGGUUAUUGCGUCGCAGUUCGCGGUACGGUCUCGCAAGAAGCAGAAUUGUGGGUUUGCCUAGGUACUUCAGUAG